CAACGGAGCGGCAAGAUAUGUUUGACGGCAAGUCGACGCGGGCGCCGCGCGUGAGCAUGAGCGGGCGGCGCGACCACGUCGCUGCGUCCAAGAAAGACGUCAUCGCCGCCGCCCAGCGCGAGCGCAUGGAGCGCGCCCAGAAGCGCACCUUCCACAUCAACAGCACCAAGGUCCAGGCCUGGUACCGCAGCGUUCGGUCCCGGCGUGCGGUCACGCAGAGCCUCCUCGCGUCCGUGAUGGCCAAGUGCAACGACAUUGCGGCGCUCCAGCGCUUAUACUCCUUUGUCGUGCCGCUGCCUGUGCUGACGCGGCUUGUCCAGGAGGCCGUGUUUGUGCAGAGGUUCCUUCCCAGCACGACGACGACGGCGCUGCUCGAGCUUCUGCUGCAAGCAUGGACCUCGCUCGACGACGCUUGCAGAGCAGAUGCUGCGGUGGCCCUGGCGUGGCAUCGGCGUCUGGCGGUGCUGUGUGCCACUGCGUUCCGCGUGGACGCGACAAGCCCCGCGCUCUUGGCCGUGCUACCUCGGCUCUCGCUGCCGACGAUAUCGCACUGGGCCAAGAUACCCUCGCCGCAAAGCUUCUUCCACGUCGUCGUCGCCGCGGUGCAGCAGCGCCACACGACGUUGUACGCGAUCGUGGCGCCGCGUCUGUCGCAGCUUCUCGACGCCGACGCGUUGCACUCGACGUUUGCGCAGACGCUCUUGACGACGCCGGUUGCCGCCCGCGAGCCGCAGUUUAAAACGUGGCUGGAGACUGCGCUCUCGUGGCCCGCGCUCGCCCACGAGACGCAGUGGCACGUGAGCCUUCCGCUCAAGCAGCGCGCGAUCGUGCUGGGCAACCUUCUCGAGCUGGCGCUCUCGCUGACGCUGAACGACGACCACCGCGCCGUGCUGUUGGCGUAUGUUUCGCCGGACGUACUCCAUAGCGCGUACUGGCGUCUGGGAACCGACGCUGCUUCGGAGAGCGACGAUGCGAAUGCACCGGCGUCGUUGCCGCCGGGCGUCACGGACCAGCUCACGCUCUGGACGCACCACACGAUGCUGAGUCAGCUUCUGUGCCCGGGCUCCAAGCACUUUGUCCAUGUGUGCACGCGAGUGUACGCGCCGCUGUGUCUCGAGGCGCGGGAGUUCUUCCUCUCGGCGCAGAUGCUCGUGCCACCGACGACGCUCUCGUCCUUGCUGUUUGCUCUCUCGGAGCGCCGUGUUCUGCGCGGUCUCUUCGGCGCGCUGGGCCAUCCAAGCGACCCGACGACCGCGCCGCUCUGGGUGCUCUUUGCUGGCGCCUUUGUGCAGUACCUGCACACGUCGGACGACCUCUCGCUGCAGGCGCAUGUCGAUUUUCUACCGGCCGCCGUCGACGCGAUGCGACUCCGCCUCUACCACGUGCUCUGGCUGCCGCAAGGGCCCGUCUCGGCCAUGACGCUGCUGGACCUCGGGCUCGUCAUCAAGCUCUGGAACCUCUUGUUUGUGCGGAACACGCGGCUCCAGUUUUGCGCGCGGCCGGACGCGUGGGUGUGGCCGACCGUGCUGCAUUUGCAGCAGUUUGGCCUCGAGCUCUCGGCCGAAGACGGCAUUUCGCUCGGAGAGUUUUUCGAGGCGCCGCUGCUGGGGCGGCUGCACUUUGUGCUUUCGACGCUGCCGCAAGCGAUUCCGUUUGCGACCCGCGUCCAGUUCUUCACCGAGUGCAUCGAUCGGGAGAAGGCGCACAUUCCUGGCCGCCACGUCUUUAGCCAGCUCCGGCCGCUGCGCAUUCGGCGCGACGCGAUGAUCGCCGACAGCUUCGAGGCAUUCGAAAGCAUCUUCGUCGAGCAAGGCGCGGCGGGCCUCAAGUCGCGCAUGCAAGUGACGUUUGUCAACGCCCAAGGUCUCGACGAAGCCGGCGUCGACGGCGGCGGCGUCUUUAAAGAGUACAUGGACCUGCUCACCAAGCACGCCUUCUCGACUGAGCACCCGUUUUUCCUCGCGACGGACGACCGCCUCUUGUACCCGAACCCUAGCGCCGCCUUCCUCUUUGGCAGCGACCCGGGCCGCCACUACCGGUUCCUCGGCCGCGUCCUCGCCAAGGCGCUGUACGAAGGCAUCUUGAUCGAGCCGCCGUUCGCACCGUUCUUCCUUCAAAAGCUUCUCGGGCAGCUCAACUCGCUCGACGAUCUCCAGUCGCUCGACGCGACGCUGUACCGGCACAUUCUAGAGAUGAAGCAGACGCCGAGCCUCAUUGACGACAUGGGCCUCACCUUCAGCGUCGCCACGUCCCGCAACGGCGCGAUGCAUGUGCAGGAGCUGGUGCCGAACGGGCAGGCCACGCCCGUGACGGCGGCCACGUACGUCCGGUACAUCCACCUCCUCGCCAACUUCAAGCUCAACGCGCAAAUUGCACCGGCAACGCACGCGUUCCUGCAAGGCUUCCACGAUAUCCUGCCGUCGCUCUGGCUCUUGAUGUUUAGCCCCACGGAGCUGCAGAUGCUCAUUGGCGGCGCGACGCGCGACGUUGACGUCGACGACUGGAAGGCCAACACCAACUACGGCGGCGGGUAUCACCCGUCGCAGCCGAUCGUGCAGUGGUUCUGGGACAUUGUCGCCGAGCUCUCGCCCGACGACCGCGGCGAGCUCCUCAAGUUCAUCACGAGUUGCUCGCGACAGCCGCUGCUCGGGUUCAAGCAGCUACAGCCGCUCAUUUGCAUUCAGCAAGUCCGCAUCUCGGACGACGAGCGCCUCCCGUCCAGCGCCACGUGCAUGAACCUCCUCAAGCUGCCGACGUACUCGUCCAAGGACGUCAUGCGCGCCAAGCUCUUGUACGCGAUCCGAAGCAAGGCCGGGUUCGAGCUCUCCUAGCUUGCUUUCUACUAAAGCACUAUCCAGCCACUGUUAAAAGUUUAGUACGAGUACCGCUAGUAGUUAUCGA